AUGUCUGGGCUGAACCUUUCCCAAGUUCCAAAGAAACCAAGAGAAUGGCCUUCGAGCAGGAGUGGCAGUUCUGCCAAUAAGAACAAAAAUCAAGUUGCGACAAGACGCAAGCAUCGAGAAAGAGAAUUGAAACCGUUGAAGAACAAGUUAAAAUCUGGUACUUGUACCAAAGAACGAAGUCGCAGUACUAAAGCCAGUAAAGCUAUCCUUGAAGCACAGCACAAUCUAUGUUUCCAACAGAUUGGGAAUGAGAUGAAACCUGAUUAUGAAGAGCAUGACGCUAUUCUGAUUGCUUGUUGCAUGAUGCAGAUCAAGGCCAAGUUUGAUACUGAUGAAGGUCUGAACUUCAUUCAACAGUAUUACAUCAAUCAAGGACUGAAGAAGUUUGGUGAUAAUGGAAAGAAUACUGUGGAUAAGGAAUUGAGACAAAUGCUUCUGAGAGAUUGUUUCACUUCCGAUUUUGUUAAAGACAUGACCGCGUCUGAGCGAAAGAAGGCCCAAUCAACAAUGAUGAUACUCGCGGAGAAGCAAUUCAAAAAGACAAUUAAAGGUCGCGUAGUAUACCAAGGCGAUGGAACUCGUGAAUGGUUAUUGCGAGAGGACACUGCAAGUCCAACUGCUUUGCAAGAAGCAAUCACCACUACUUGUGUUAUUGAUGCACACAAAGGUAGAGAUAUAAUGACAAUGGACGUGCCUAACGCUUUCAUUCAAACUUAUAUGCCUGAAGCUAAGGAAGGAGAAGAUUGUAUCUACAUGAAAAUCACUGGCAUGAUGGUCCAGAUAUUGAUUGACAUGGCCCCAGAGUAUUGCAAAUACGUUGUAUUAGAGAACGGAAAGCGAGUACUCUAUGAGCGGGUACUACGUGCUAUAUAUGGGAUGUUGCAAUCGAGCCUCCUAUUCUAUAAUCAGUUUUGA